AUGGUAAUAGCCGGAGUGUGUUCGGGAUCAGCUCUUAUGGUCCAGCGAGACUGGCUUAUUCUUUUAUUUUUCGGGUAAUUUGCCUUCCUUGAUAACCUUGCAGAUUACAAAAAAAUAAUUUGACUAAUUACCUUUCGCUUAAACGUAAAAGGAUGCCGUGCCGAACAAAACGAUUUCACGCCUUUGGAUGUGAACGAUUCUCAUCUAAAAAUUUAUGACGAUAAACAUAUUUUUCCGCCAAAAGAACCAAUUUAGAUGUUUCUGGUUUUGGAGAAGAAGAAGAAGAAGAAGAAGAAGAAGAAGAAGAAGAAGAAGAAGAAGACGAAGAAGAAGAAGAAGAAGAAGAAGAAGAAGAAGAAGAAGAAGAAGAAGAAGAAGAAGAAGAAAGAGGAGGAGGAGGAGGAGGAGGAGGAGGGGGAGAAGGAGGAGGACGAGGGAUUAGACUUACUUUAA